UGUCGAUAAUCACAUGCGCACAUUGAACUUUGGCCAUUUUGUUGCCGCGCACAACUACACAUGCACCUUUUGCUGGUCUCCACCCCGCAUUCUCACCAUGUCCACCUCCGUGCAGAUGGAACCGGUCCUGGAAAGGAGGUACGGAGGAGUUGGACGCUGCAAGUGCUCCUUCUGGUUCGCGGUAGCCCACGACAUACUGGGAGCGCUCAUCAUGAUGGUGGGGGUCUUCGGAGGCCUGGUGAUCCACGACCUCUUCAUCUACGCCGGCGCCAUCGUCAUCUUCCUCAGCCUCAUCUGGUGGGUGUUCUGGUACUCAGGCAACAUUGACGUGUCGCCAGACGAGCUGGAGGACGACGUGGGGAUGUUGAAACCGAAAAGCAACAAAGGACUGAGCCGGGUGGUGAGACGGGCGUCCAGCCGACUCUCCAGCGGGAUUCGGAACUCUUUUGGAAAGAAUGGCAGGUCAAGCCCCAAUAAGGGUUCAAACGGGGGGCAGCUGCAGAGCACUGAUGUAUCACUCUUCACUAUUUACGAUGCGGACAUUGCCUCUUCGUCAAAACAACUUUUCAGAGAGACACUGUCCAUAUAAUGAACUAAAAUAAAGUGGCACUUGUCUUAUAUAUAUUUACUCUGCAAUGGCAGUGCACACUUAGCUAAUGAUUAGACAAGGCUCGAGUUCUGUCUAUGGAUAAGUUCACAUGCUCUUAUCUAGGGUGGCUGAUAAGAUACACGCCGUGUACGAGCUCUGCAAAGGAUAAUUAUGUCGAGAUUAUGGAGUGCAGUGUCAGUGCACCAAUAAAAGUGCCCUAUGAAUCUUCCUCAGCAACUUCCAUCCACCCAUUUUCUACCGUUUGUUCCUUUCGGUUAUAAAGAAUAUUUCACUCUGGAAGAUGACAUCAUGGCAAUAUGCAACAGUGUCGUUAUCAAAGUUUUCAUUUUCAAUCAAUAUGUAUACCAACCUGAUAGCCUUAUUUGAUCUAUCUAUCAUGCAUGUUUAUUUUUCUCUGGUCAGGACAUACAAUCCAUAAUUGUAUUCUCACAAGCUUUGUCUGAAUUAUUUGUAUUAAUCAGACUGUAUUCUGUGUUUUGGUUUUAUUAGUAUCUAAUUAUUCAACACAGUAGUUUCAAUAUACACAAAGUUACUCUUCUUGUUGAGUAAUCCGCUGUAUCAGGGCUGUCAAACUUGUUUUCAUGAGGGCCACAUGGCAAUUGUGGCAGCCGCGUGUAACAAUGAAUACAUACAAAAUUAAACACCAUAGCCUCAUUUCAUAAUUGUUUUUGGAUUAUAAUAUUUUGAUAUCCAUCAAUAACAGAUUGAUGAAUAAAGUGCUUUGAAACUGGAAGUCGAGGU